AUGGCUGUAGUUGUGCUGCCCCUGAUGACCGGUCCGCUGACGGUACAUUCCGCCCGACCUGUUCCACAGCCCAUCACGAUAGAGGGCAGGCUGGUUUACAAGAAUGCACAUGUAUGGGACUUAUGGUCGCUAAAGCAGCUGGGAACUGGUGCCAUCUACAAGCUGCCGGGCCAACCGCUGGAUUCGGGAAGGGAUCCCAUUCCGCCAGGCAGUAUUAUUACAGUGGACUGUGUACGAGAUGCGAAAGAUAACACCACCUGUACCAAAAUUUCCAAUGCGGAUAUCUCCCGCGCGGCCGCUCCAUUGAAAUCUUCGGGCUUGUCGCUACGGCUGCUAGUCAUGGUGCUUUCGUUCAUCUCCUCCCCCGCCUGCGGUGCCAAACAGGGAGCGAACGUUGACGAGUUGCAGGCACUUUACACCGAGCCGCUGGGUUAUGGCAAUUUCCUUCGCAACUGCAGCUAUGGCCAAGUGGUGUACGAGAAUAUAACGGUCAUAAGCACGCCGUUAAAUUGCACAAAGGUGCUGAACAACUGCGACCCAGACACCCUCGCAUCCACCGCGCUGAGCUCGGCCUCUGAAACGUACGGCUCGACGUUUGUAGACUCGUACACACGGUAUACGUAUGUGUUGCCGUUUGGAAUCCAGAACACCUGCCGUUGGGUGGGUCUGGCUGAGUUGCCUGGGACCCAGACAUGGUAUACCCCCGAUGAUGAGGGCGUGCAAAACAAGGGCACCGUCCUCCAGGAGAUCCUACACAAUCUCAACAUUUACCACGGAUGGCGCGAUGGCAGUGAGUACCAAGACAACUCCACGUCCAUGGGUUUUGGAAACAGCUGCCCCUCCGCGCCGGAGCUGUGGCGCUUGGGUUGGGCGUCAGUGUUGGGUCAAUUGAGCUCCACUAAUUUCCGCGUGAGGAGCGUCAAGAACUACACGCUACCUGCCACCUACCUCGGACCGGAAAAGAACAUGAUUAAGAUCCAGCCAGACUGGGUGGCCAAGUACAAGAAAAACGUCUACCUUGCUCUGCGUGUCAAGGAUGCUGGAGACCGCGACCUGGAGGACGAGUUUGACGGCAAAGCCUUUUCGACGGCCAGCUACUACAGCCCAAAUAACGGCCUUCUUGUGGGCCCCAAGCAGAUUAAUGUCCACGAACUCAACAAGGACAUCGACAACAACUUUGCGGCAAAGGGUGACCCCAAGGUCUCAAUUAUCGGCACCAUCGCACCUUUUAGCGCCAUGGAUCUGAUAGCUUACAAGUUGUUCAUCCGUACGGGAGCCCUAAUCAACUCCACAAUGGAUGUCAAGAUCUGCCGCUACACAACUAAGGCUUCUGAGUGCAAGAAGCUCAUCGUCGAUGAAAAUGGCGAUGACGGCGCGACAGGAGACGGAGCGGAGCAGGCGACACAGGCGGAGCAGGCGACACAGGCGGAGCAAGCGACACAGGCGGAGCAAGCGACACGGGCGGAGCAGGCGACACAGGCGGAGCAAGCGACACAGGCGGAGCAAGCGAUACAGGCGGAGCAAGCGACACAGGCGGAGCAGGCGCCGCAGGCGGAGCAGGCGACACAGGUGGAGCAGGCGCUGCAGGCGGAGCAAGCGACACAGGCGGAGCAGGCGCCGCAGGCGGAGCAAGCGACACAGGCGGAGCAGGCGAAGACAUCGGCGCAUGAAGCACGUAACUAGGACCGAUACAGUGGCUGGUUUACCUCCCACAUUAUCUUCCGCUGCGGCGUUGGCUUGCCAACUAAAGAGUCGUCCCAGUCAAUUGCUUACGGCUGCCAUGAUUUGCGGUUCAGAGUUGCCCCGGUCAUGCCAUUCGCUGCCAGCUGAUCCAACCGGGGUGCCAAAUAAACGCGCUUCGAUGUCAUUUAGCUAGGUAGGUAGGCAGUUGUCAGCGGCUAAUUGCGCUGCUGAGUGAUUCCUGCUCCGGAGCGUUUGUGCCUGGCACGUUGGGUAUGCACAUCACUACUUUAGAUCAGUAAGCUUAAAGGAUGAGGGCAUUUGCGUGCGUGAUGACAACUAGCAUGGCCUGCAGCUAAGAAUAGAACCUUUUGGGGUACUGGCUAUGUACCUGCAUAUAUCAAGCCAGAAACAUAGAAAGCAUGUUAGGAGUAGCAUGGUAGGGAGGGGAGUUGACUGCAUCUAUCC